CGCCUCCAACGCGCGCCGUCGCAUCGCCCUCAAGAAGCCUCCACCAAACUACCCAGCUCUCGUCUCCGGCGGCGGAAGGUAAACAGCAGCAGCCAUGGUGAAGGGACGCACGGGACAGCGCGUCAGGCUCUACGUCAGGGGCACCAUCCUCGGAUUCAAGAGGUCGAAGUCGAACCAGUACGAGAGCACGUCGCUGGUGCAGAUCGAGGGGCUCAACACCAAGGAGGACGUGUCGUGGUACGCCGGCAAGCGCAUGGCGUACGUCUACAAGGCCAAGACCAAGAGCAGCGGCACCCACUACCGCUGCAUCUGGGGCAAGAUCACACGCCCGCACGGCAACUCCGGUGUCGUCCGCGCCCAGUUCAAGUCCAACCUCCCGGCAGAGUCCAUGGGGCGCAAGGUCAGGGUGUUCAUGUACCCAAGCAGCAUCUAAGAAUGGAGGGAGUAUUAGUUUUUGAAGCUGGAGAGUUCUGCCUGGUACUUUCUAGGAAGUCAUGUAAUUCACUAAUGGAUGCCGUAUUUCUCAGUAAAGAAUGGAUUAACAAUUACAAAUUGUUUGUAGACAAGAAUGAGUCAGCAUGUUCUGAUGAUUGAAUAGUAUCAAAAUCAAAUGUUUGGAACAUACUCCCUCCGUUCCAAAAAGGAGGGCGCAUAACCUCUUGCAGCCAAACCAAUGCAGGGCAAAGUUAUCUCA